GCGGGGCGGCCUCGGCGCGGCGGAGACGGUGGCUGCAGGAGCGGGGCCCCAGCGGAAGCCACCAUGUUCCAGGCCACCACCUGCCUCAAGCACCAGGGGGAUGGAAGGGAGAGCCCCCCACUGCCACCACCAUCGGAAUCCCUGCUUGUCUCCCCUCUGGAGACGCUGUUCCGACAGGGAAGUGGGGUCACCUACCGCAUCCCAGCUCUGCUCUACAUUCCCCCGGAUGAAUCCUUCCUGGCCUUUGCCGAGAAACGCUCCUCAGCCCGGGAUGAGGAUGCCAAGUACCUGGUGCUGCGUCGGGGCUGCCAGCACGGCUCUUCGGUCAAGUGGGGUCCGGUGGAGGAGCUGUCGGCGCUGGCACUGCCCGGCCGCCGCACCAUGAACCCGUGUCCGCUCUUCGAUGCCAGGAGCGGCACCAUCUUCCUCUUCUGCAUCUGCGUAGAGCAGGGGAAGACGGAGCAGCACCAGAUCUGGAGGGGGUGCAGCGCCGCGCGCCUCUGCUUCGCCACGAGUGCCGAUGGUGGCCGCAGCUGGGCCCCGCUGCGGGAUGUGACGGACGAGGCCGUUGGCGCCGACCUGUCCCGCUGGGCCACCUUUGCUGUGGGGCCAGGCCACGGCAUACAGCUGGAUUCGGGGCGGCUCGUGGUGCCGGCGUACACCUACUACAUGCACGGGCACCUCUGCGGGGCGGCGCGGCUGCCCUGCUCCACCCGCCAGCACUCUUUCAUCUUCUACAGCGAUGACGGCGGGCGCCGCUGGCACAAGGGCGCCCUGCUCGCUGGUGAGCGCACGGGCGAGUGCCAGGUAGCCGAAAUCCAUGGCGCCCACCCGCCCCUGCUGUACUGCAGCGCCCGCGCACCGCGCGGUUGCCGGGCCGUGGCACUCAGCACCGACCGCGGGCUGCGCUUCCAGCGCCCGACGCGGUGCCCGGCGCUGGCCGAGCCACCACAUGGGUGCCAGGGCAGCGUAGUGAGCUUUGCCGCGCCCGCCGGCACCGCCGGGGCGCCCACGUGGCUGCUCUACUCCCACCCCACCAGCCGGCACCACCGGCGCGAUUUGGGUGUCUAUGUGAACCCGUCACCGCUGGACGGGGCGGGCUGGCGGCGCCCGUGGGUGCUGCACGCAGGGCCUGCCGGGUAUUCCGACCUGGCCGUGUGUCCUGGCAGAAUUUUCGGCUGCUUGUUCGAGUGCGGCACUGCCAGUGCCUGUGAGGAAAUCGUCUUCUGCCUCUUCACCCUGGACUCCUCUGAUCAGAACCUCAAGGCUUCCUAAAACAGGCCUGUUUUACUCAAGAGGGUCACUCCUGACUGCUGGCAUCCCGGUCUGGACCUCACCAGCAUGUUUUGGAUGCUCCAGAGGCUCAGCAUCGCGUAGCUUUUGUUUAAUUUUAUAUUUAAUUAUUGCUUUUUAAUCACCCAGUCAGGUGGUGGUGGUGGACGAUCUGCUGCAGGUUGGCCGAGGGGUGCUGGCACAGCACCCAAAAUGCUGCUGCUGCUCCAAAAAUCAGCGUUUUUCACCUGGUAGCAGCAAAAAAGUGCCACCGAGAGCAGCUGGUUCCCUGAGGAAGAAGUCCCCUAAAGUCUUCGUUUAAGUUAAAAAUGUUUCCAGUUCCUGUGUCCCCCUCAUGUGGCAGAGAGAAUUCCUAUUUUUUUAAUCCUGUUUUCUUCCACUUGCCUGCUUCAGGCCUGUAUACUCCCAUAGGAAAAUGAACUCCAGUCUUGCGGGGAUUUUUUUAUUCUGCUCCAUAGGAAUAGGUUGUGGCAUCCUGACUGCAACAGCAACCUCACAAUCCCCUGCUACUUGCAAAUAAAGUCCUCCCAAAGUAGGUGAAAUCCAGCCAGUAUUGGGGAAAAAAACUGGGAAAAGUCCUGCACCCAUCGUGUCUUUGCACUCAUCCCCCCAUGGUGGAGAACAGAGCUGGCCCCUCAUAGCCCCUCAGCACAGGCACCCUGGGAAACCCACAUUUCCCAUCUUCUCUUGGCCCUGCUUUUGGGAAUUCAGCCCGUUUUCCCUGUGAGGCUCUGGGGUUCCAGGGGCUGGGGAUAUUUUGGGGUCCCAUUGUGGUGCUGUCCCCACAGACAGGGCACCUGAGCACCUACUCCAACAGGGUUUUUUCCUGAAAAGGGUUUUUCCAUAGUGAGUGUCCACAUAUUGAUUGGGAACUCAGUGGGAUGUUCCCAACCUGCCACCCUCACCCCACUGCGAGAGGAUGGAUAGGGACAGGACAGAAUGGGAUGGGGACAGGAUGGGAUUAUGACAGGACAGAGGGGGGUCAGGUAGCAGAGGACAUAUAGGAGGGGUACAGGAAUGGGAUGGGGACAGAAUGGGGUGGGGAGGGAUAGGAGUGGGCCAGUCCAGUUGAGGACAGGGCAGAGUGGGGACAGGGAAGAUGGGGAUAGGAUGGGAUUGGAACAGAGGACAGCAACAGGCAGGAUGAGUCCAGAACAGUUUGGGGACAGACAAAAGGCGGGGGACAG